CGCCCAGGGAAGCCUGUUACUGCCCAGGGUAGCAGGGCUUGCCACUCAGAUGGCCAAGGGCUCCAGCAAGUGAAGCAGCAGAUGCGGGGGCAGGCGGACGGGGUCACCGAGUGAACCGGGGAACAGAGCACACGCCUGUCUGAAGGGUCGGCUGCACCUCAGCUUCGGCCCAUUGGAGCUGGGGGAAUAUGGUGCAGUGUUGCCAGCCAGCCACACUGUGUGUGCAGCUCCCCUGGGUUAAACACAUGUUAGCUGCAUCGAUAAUAAAAUUCAGGUGGAAAAACUUGUGAAAUAUUUGGAUCCCAACGACCUGGGGAGAAUCAACUUCAAGGACUUUUGCCGGGGGGUGUUCGCCAUGAAAGGGUGUGAGGAGCUGCUGAAGGACGUGCUGUCCAUGGAGGGUGUGGGCACGCUGCCCUGCGCCCCGGAGAUCCCCGACUGUGUGGAGCAGGGCAGCGAGGUGCCAGGCCCCACCUUUGCUGAUGGCGAGCUCCUCCCCAGGGAGCCCGGCUGCUGUCCUGCGGAGGAGGAGGAGGCCAUGGCACUGGCCCCGCCUGAGGGCCCCCCCGAGUCAGACAUGGACAGCCCCAUGGAGAGCACCCAGAGUCUGGAGGGGUCAGUCGGGAGUCCUGCCGAAGAGAAGGAUGGGGGUCUCGGGGGCCUGUUCCUGCCAGAGGACAAGUCCCUGGGUCACACGCCGUCCAUGGCGACGUCAGAGCCCUCCACGCACUCCACCACCUCGCUCAUCAGCAACGAGGAGCAGUUUGAAGACUACGGGGAGGGGGACGACGUGGACUGCGUCCCCAGCAGCCCCUGCCCCGACGACGAGACCAGGACCAAUGUCUACUCGGACCUGGGGUCCUCAGUGUCUUCCAGUGCGGGGCAGACGCCUAGGAAAAUGCGGCACGCUUACAACAGCGAACUGCUGGAUGUCUACUGCUCGCAGUGCUGCAAGAAAAUCAACCUGCUGAAUGACCUGGAAGCCCGGCUGAAAAACCUGAAGGCCAACAGCCCCAACCGAAAGAUCUCUAGCACGGCCUUUGGACGGCAGCUCCUGCACAGCAGCAACUUCAGCAGCAGUAAUGGCAGCACUGAGGACCUGUUCCGGGACAGCGUCGACUCCUGUGACAAUGACAUCACGGAGAAGGUGAGCUUCCUGGAAAAAAAGGUGACGGAACUGGAGAAUGACAGCCUGACUAACGGGGACUUGAAGAGCAAGCUGAAACAGGAGAACACCCAGCUGGUGCACAGGGUGCACGAGCUGGAGGAGAUGGUGAAGGAUCAGGAGACCACGGCUGAGCAGGCCCUGGAGGAGGAGGCGCGGCGGCACCGCGAGGCCUACGGCAAGCUGGAGCGGGAGAAGGGCACGGAGAUCGAGCUGCUCCACUCCAGGGUCCAGCAGUUAGAGGAAGACAACGCAGAGCUUAGGACGACAGUGACUCGGCUCAAGUCGCAAACGGAGAAACUGGAUGAGGAGCGGCAGCGUAUGUCCGACCGGCUGGAGGACACCAGCCUGCGGCUCAAGGACGAGAUGGACCUGUACAAGCGCAUGAUGGACAAGCUGCGGCAGAACCGCCUUGAGUUCCAAAAGGAGCGGGAGGCGACGCAGGAGCUCAUCGAGGACCUGCGGAAGGAGCUGGAGCACCUGCAGAUGUACAAGCUGGACUGCGAGCGGCCAGGCAGGGGCCGCAGCUCAUCCACCGGCCUGGGCGAGUUCAGUGCCAGGGCUCGAGAGGUGGAGCUGGAGCAUGAGAUCAAGCGGCUCAAGCAGGAGAAUCAUAAGCUGCGGGAUCAGAAUGAUGACUUGAAUGGACAGCUCCUGAGCCUCAGCCUCUACGAAGCAAAGAACCUCUUUGCCACCCAGACCAAAGCCCAGUCUCUGGCUUCGGAAAUAGACACGGCCUCGCGCGAUGAGCUCAUGGAGGCCCUCAAGGAGCAGGAGGAGAUCAACUUCCGGCUACGGCAGUACAUGGACAAGAUCAUCCUCGCCAUCCUGGACCAUAACCCCUCCAUCCUCGAGAUCAAACACUGAGACGGGGCUGACGGCCGCAUGGCCUCGGGACCCGGCACCCCAGGACCCAAGGGCAGACCCUGUCUGAGGACGCGGCCCCGGCGGGCCUCUCACACUGUAAAUGUACUCUGGCCACCAUGUCACGUGUGCUGGUGUGGAUGUGGGUAGGCGUGCGCACAGCCGGGGUGAGCGAGCGUGGGGCGCGGCGGGGCGGUAUGUGCGCGAUUGCUGUCCGUGCACCCUGUGGCCCCUUUGCAGGGGCAGGGGUCCUGGAGGCCGCAGGGGCAAGGUCUGCAGUCAGGAGUUCCUGUAAUAUCAAGAACCGAAGCUUGUGUUUCAGAUACUGGAUAAAAUGAUUCUACCUCUGGGGAUGAGCACUAAGAAACGCUGUAGGAGGCAGGCUCUUUCUCCCCACCCCUUCCUCUGGGAGCAGGAGUUUCGCUCUUUGCCAGGAGCUCGAACGCCCAGCAGCUGUGUCCUUGCCAACCUCUGGCCACCGUUGAGGUCCAGGUGCUCAAGCUCAGAGAGGAGGAAAGGGCGUUUAGGGGAACACAAGGCGGGGCCCCACCAGCACCCCCCGACUGGUAGCACCGUGUGUCUAAAGGACUCGGACUUGCCGCGGGGCCACCUUCGUCCUGAGAGUUCUCAGCACUUUUAGAGUCCUCCGUACACUUCCCCAUCUCUGCUCACCUACCUCUCCCUCUCUGGUUGGCUUCGGUUUGGUUUGGUUUUUAAGCCAAUGAAAACCAGGCAGCACUCACUGGGCAGUGAGGUGAAGGGAUGGAAGGAGGAGGAGCUGAGAGACGGGGUGUUUAAGGUGGGCGUUAGCACCGGUAACCAAAGAUGUGAUUUCAGGGAGGAGCCCCCCAUCAGCUCCGUCCACUGGCUGAGUUGUAGACGAGGGGCCAGUCCUGCUGCCUGCACAGCCUGGUGACAGCGGGCCUGGGGCUUGGACGUUCAGAGCAAAGGUCUGGGCCUGGCCAGCCGGGUAGCAUGACCCCUGCGUUCCAGCGGUUAGAAAGGCACCUGCGUUUGUUCCCAGCCAGGGGGAAGCGCUGUGGGAGGGCGCUGGGGGUUCCCGGGAAGCUGUCUCGUCCUCGGGAGCCAUGCGGGCGUGUGCACUCCGGGUUUUUACUGCGACCUUUUGUUCCAGGCAGCUGGGAGUGGAUGUGGUACUUCCCUUCGAGUUCUUCCACUGGUUCCCGGUUUUAUGGGGCUGGUCCGUUCCCUUAAUCCAAGUGUAUGUAAACACGUUUGGCUCAUACACACUUCUAGUGCACAAGGGAAUGCC